GGGGGGAUUUAUUUCUGGCGGGGGGCGGGGGGGCUGCGUGAGAAUCAGGCGCUGAGACAUGGACAGCCGCUUGCAGGAGAUCCGGGAGCGCCAGAAGCUACGGCGACAGCUCCUCGCGCAGCAGUUGGGAGCGGAAAGUGCUGACAGCAUUGGCGCUGUGUUAAACAGCAAAGAUGAGCAGAGAGAAAUUGCUGAGACGAGGGAAACUUGCAGGGCAUCCUAUGAUACCUCUGCUCCAAAUGCAAAACGUAGGUAUCAAGAUGAAGGAGAGACAGAUGAAGAUAAAAUGGAAGAAUAUAAGGAUGAACUUGAAAUGCAACAGGAGGAAGAGAAUUUGCCAUAUGAAGAAGAGAUUUACAAAGAUUCAAGUACUUUCCUUAAGGGAACACAGAGUUUAAACCCCCACAAUGAUUACUGCCAACAUUUUGUAGACACUGGACAUAGACCUCAGAAUUUCAUCAGGGACGUAGGUUUGGCUGACAGAUUUGAAGAAUACCCUAAACUAAGAGAGCUCAUCAGGUUGAAAGAUGAGUUGAUAGCUAAAUCUAACACUCCUCCUAUGUACUUACAGGCAGAUAUAGAAGCCUUUGACAUCAGAGAACUGACACCUAAAUUUGAUGUGAUUCUUCUGGAACCCCCACUAGAAGAAUAUUACAGAGAGACUGGCAUCACUGCUAAUGAAAAAUGCUGGACUUGGGAUGAUAUCAUGAAGCUAGAAAUUGAUGAGAUUGCAGCACCCCGAUCUUUCAUUUUUCUCUGGUGUGGUUCCGGGGAGGGACUGGACCUUGGAAGAGUGUGUUUACGCAAGUGGGGUUACAGGAGAUGUGAAGAUAUCUGUUGGAUUAAAACUAACAAAAACAACCCUGGCAAGACUAAGACUUUAGAUCCGAAGGCUGUCUUCCAAAGGACAAAGGAACACUGCCUUAUGGGCAUCAAAGGAACAGUUAAGCGCAGCACAGAUGGCGACUUCAUUCAUGCGAAUGUGGACAUUGACUUGAUUAUCACGGAAGAACCAGAAAUUGGCAACAUAGAAAAGCCUGUGGAAAUUUUUCACAUCAUUGAACAUUUCUGCCUCGGGAGAAGACGUCUUCAUCUGUUUGGAAGAGAUAGUACAAUUCGACCAGGCUGGCUCACCGUGGGACCGACGCUCACGAACAGCAACUACAACGCGGAGACGUAUGCGUCAUACUUCAGCGCGCCCAACUCCUACCUGACGGGCUGCACGGAGGAGAUCGAGCGGCUCCGACCCAAGUCGCCCCCGCCCAAGUCCAAGUCGGACCGGGGCGGAGGCGCGCCCAGGGGUGGCGGGCGUGGGGGCACGUCAGCGGGCCGUGGGCGCGAGCGUAACCGCUCCAACUUCCGUGGGGAGCGGGGUGGCUUCCGGGGGGGCCGCGGGGGUGCACACCGGGGGGGCUUCCCGCCACGGUAG